AUGAAAUUAUUCUAUACAUUAAUACAAUAUUUUUUAUUGACUUAUUUUUGUUUUGGUCAUGAUCUUCAUCAUACCGAUCAAGACAUAGUCAAACAAUCGGAAUCAACAAUAGCUAAUGAUUUAUCUAAUAAAACUAUAGAAAUUACAAAUUCUCCAAAAACGAAUAUUGAAGAUCUACAUAAUCCUAUUGAUGUUCGUUUUCAAGCAAUACAUGAUUUAAAAAAUUCAAUAUAUGAAUCUAGUCAAAAUGAUAAUGAAGAACAAAUACAAUCUACAACAUUAUCAUUACAAAAUCAACCAUCAAUAAUAAAUGAGAAUGAUUUAAUAUCUUCUUCUACAUUACAAACAAAUGAACAAUUAAAAUUAUCAACAAUAGAAACAUUAAUAAGUACUGAUACAAUAAAACAAAUUCCAAUUUCAAAUGAUAAAUUAAAUCCAAAAAUAAUUCAUAAAGAUGAUUUAUCUUCUAAUCAACAAGAACAAAUAAAAUCAAUAUCUAAUACACAAUCAUCUAUUUCUCAUACAAUAAAUAAUAGUAAUUUAUCAGAUAAAAAUUUACAAAUUCCAAUAAUAAAUAAUAUGUCAAUAGUAGAAGAUGAUAUUCAUAUUCCAGUAUCAACAACAUCGAAAUUUCAUCAAAAUAUACAUCUACAUUCUCAACAAGAAAAUGAAAAUAUUUCUAUAACAGGUAAUGAUCAUCAAACAGAAAAUGUGAUUGUUGAAUCAUACAACGAUGAACAAAAACAUUUACAUGAAUCAUUAUUAAAAUCAGAAGAAUCCGAUAUUACAUUACCUUUAUCAUCAACAAUAGAUCAUACACAAACAAAUAAUAAUACAAAUCAAUAUUUAUCUAAAAUUGAACCAAAAAUAAAUAAUAGUCAAAAUUUCAUUUCAAUAGUAAACAAUAAUAAUUCAAUAUUAAUAAAUAAAUAUCGACAAAUAUGUUGGCAUUUACCAAAAAGAUUUGAAACAAGUAUUGAAUUAAUUGAAAAUGAAAUUUUUCGUUUUAUCAACAUUUUACCCAUAUUUCUACAAACAAUUUUAUUUCAACAUAAUGAUGAUCGUGAAAUUCUAAUGAAUACAAUAUGGUUUUUAUCAAGUUGUACAAUGUGUUUUUUAUUUAGUUUAAUAUUUCUUUUUAUGGGUACAAAACGUUUAAAACAAAGUAAAUAUGAAAAAGAAAUUCGUAUAAAUUGUCAACAACUUCAACAAAAAUAUAAUCGUAUUGAACUUGAACGUGCAACAUUUGAACGAGAAAAUCAAAAAUUAUUGGAUGAAAUAAAUAAAUUAAAAUGUUUACCUGAACAAAAUUCAGAUGAAGAUAUUUUUCUAUUACGUGAAGAAUGUAUUCGUUAUCAAGAAGAUUUAAAAACAGCACAUACAAAACAUAUAUAUUUACAACAAGAUAUUGAUUAUAAACAAAAUCUUAUUUUAAAACAUGAAUAUGAUUUACAACGACAACUAGAAACAAUUACACAUUUAAAUAAUGAGAUUCUUCAAUUAAAACAAGAAUUAGAAAAAGAACAAGGAACUAUAGUACGUUUACAAUCAAAUGAUUUAUCUUUGGAAAAUUUUGAAAAAUCACAAGAAAUUAUUCAAAUACUUAAAUCUGAAAUAAUUCAAUUAAAACAAGAAAAAUUAAUUCAAAAUAAUCAUAUAAAAGAAAUUCAAGAACAUGCUAAUCAAAUUGAUAUUGAAAAUAAUCAAUUAAUACUUCGAAUGAAACAAUUAAAAGAUUUAUUUGAACAACAUGAUCAAACAAUAAAUCAUAUACAUGAUAAAAUUACUAAAAAUAAAACAUUAGAAUUAGAAGAUUUACGUACAAUAUUAACAAAAAAUUCUUCAAAUAAUAAUCAACAUCUUCUAUCAAUAAUUGAUAAUGAUAUUAAAAAGUCAAAUCAACAUAUACGAGAAUUAUAUAAUGAAAUUGAUAUAAAAACUUCUCGUAUACAAGAACUUGAUACAUUACUUAAACAAGAAAAAGAUCAUUGUAAAGAAAUUGAAACUAAACUUAAAAUUAUAUUAGAAUUACGUGAACGUGAUACUCAUUUACAUAUACGUCAAUUAGGACAAACAGAUGCUGAAUUACGUAAAGCAAGAACAGAUACAGAACGUAUUCGUAUUUUACAACAACAACUUCAAUUAAAACAACAACAAUUAGAUGAUAUACAAAAAAUUCUUUCAACUGAACAAAUUAAAUUUAAUGAAGAAUGUAGUAAAUUACAACAUGAAACACAUGAAAAAUGGAUGGAAGUCAAACGUUUAACACGAGAACUUGAAUUAUCAAAAAAAGAAUGUGAAAGUCUACGAAAACAAAUUACUAAAUAUGCAAAGAAUACACGUUCUUCACAAGAAAAAUCAACUACUAAAUCAGCAUCACAACAUAUGAGAAAUAUCGGAGAAUUAGACUCACAACAUAGUUCACCAAUUCAUUAUCAACAAGAUGAAAAUUUUAAACCCAUUGAUUAUCAACAUAAUGAUUCUGGUGGUACUAGUCCAACUGAAAUGUUUAUACCUAGACCAACUUUGUUUAAUCUACCUCGACCUCCAUUUUUUCCACCACCAUUUAUGUCUUAUCCACAACCUAAUUCAUUUAUGAUGCAUCCAAGAUUUCCAAUGACACCUGUUGGUCCACAUGGAAUUAUAUCACCUAUUUCACAUUUGAUAACUAAUGGUAAUGAUACAAAUAAUUCAGAAAUGAUUGAUUCAUCAAAUAUAACUCCAAAUUCAAUGAAUUAUGAUACACAAUCAAAUGGAAUAACUACAUUAUCUUUACCUGAUGAUGAACAACAAAUAAAAACAAAAAAAACAAAAAAAUCACUAAAAAAAAAGACAAAAACAUCAGGAAUAACAGUAAUAAAAGAAGAUAUAUAA